UGCGACUCUCCCCUCCUCUCCUCUCCUUUUCUCUUUUCCUUUCUCAGUCGCAGUUAUUCUGCGGGUUGGAGGGGACGGCUGUAUCUGCUCAUAUUACAUCAUUUUAACGAGUUUCUCUCCCACUCUGAGAGAUUGUAGCUGCUUUUUUUUUUUCUUUUUACAUUUCACCACCUCACAAGAGUCUAUGCUCCACAGAAGACCAGCGGCUGAUCGCUUAACCAAGCCACUGAGGGCUUCCUCGGCGUUCUGGUGAUGAGGCUAGUGGUGCACAGCCGACACAGCUUUGAAGGAAUCCCUUUGGGUCUGAAAAAACGGCCCCAGUAAGACAGACGGGGAGAGCUGCUGGAAGUACUGCGCGUUGGGACGCUAUCAUUCCUCCAACAAUGCAUCUCUUCAGUGCCAUGUUUCUACUUGUGAUGUUAGCUGACAUGCCCAGUGAGGCUCUCUACCCCAGCCCAGAGGAAGGCUGGCAAAUCUACAGCUCAGCACAGGACGCAGAUGGGAAAUGUAUCUGCACCGUGGUCGCACCAGCCCAGAACAUGUGUAAUCGCGACCCACGCAGCAGGCAGCUCCGCCAGCUCAUGGAGAAGGUUCAGAAUAUUAGCCAAUCAAUGGAGGUGCUAGACCUGAGAACCUACAGAGAUCUCCAGUAUGUAAGGAACACUGAGAGUCUGAUGAAAGUUGUUGAUGGAAAGUUGAAGGUGGCCUCUGAAAAUCCCCGAAGCCUCAAUCCAAAGGGCUUUCAGGAGUUGAAAGACAAGGUGAACCAACUGCUUCCCCUGCUCCCUGUGCUGGAACAGUACAAGACAGAUGCUAAAAUGAUCCUGCGUCUUCGAGAGGAGGUGAGAAACCUUUCUUUGGUGCUUAUGGCCAUCCAGGAGGAGAUGGGGGCCUACGACUAUGAGGAGCUGCGGCAGAGAGUCCUGUUGCUGGAGACCCGACUGCACUCCUGCAUGCAGAAACUAGGCUGUGGAAAGCUCACUGGUGUCAGCAAUCCCAUUACAGUGCGUGCAUCUGGAUCAAGAUUCGGCUCCUGGAUGACAGACACCAUGAUACCCAGCUCAGACAACAGAGUUUGGUCAAUGGAUGGAUACUUCAAGGGGAGGCGUGUCCUAGAAUACCGAACAAUGAGCGAUUUCAUGAAGGGGCAGAACUUUGUGCAGCACCUGCUGCCCCAUCCUUGGGCUGGCACUGGGCAUGUGGUCUAUAAUGGCUCAUUGUACUACAACAAAUACCAGAGCAACAUAAUUAUCAAAUACCACUUCCGGUCUAGAAGUGUGCUUGUGCAACGCAGCCUAAGUGGAGCUGGCUACAACAACACCUUUCCUUACUCCUGGGGGGGCUCCUCUGAUAUUGACCUGAUGGCGGACGAGAAUGGUCUCUGGGCUGUUUACACCACCAUACCCAAUGCGGGGAACAUCGUCAUUAGCCGCCUGGAGCCAAUGAGUUUGGAGGUCCUGCAAACCUGGGACACAGGCUUCCCAAAACGCAGUGCUGGAGAGUCUUUUAUGAUCUGUGGCACACUCUAUGUCACAAACUCUCACCUUGCCGGUGCUAAAAUCUACUUUGCUUACUACACCAACACAUCAAGCUAUGAGUACACAGAUAUCCCCUUCCACAAUCAGUACUCUCACAUCUCCAUGAUGGACUAUAACCCUAGGGAGAGGGUCCUGUACACCUGGAACAACGGACACCAGGUGCUCUAUAAUGUCACACUUUUCCAAGUCAUUAAGACUUCUGGAGACUGAGGGCUCAAAUAAAUGACCCACUCAAAAAAAAAAAUGCUGUGAUCAUUGUUCUAUGAGGACAAAGGAGCAAGUUAGAGAUGGGUACUGUCUGGGGAAGGUAUAGGAUGGAGGUUUUAAGCUGUGGGCAUACGCCUUGGGUGUUUUUUAAGAAUUUAAAUCUUCAUAGAGUGCUAUUAUUCACAUUCAAAAAAUGUCCAACAACUGGGUUUGUAAAGACCUAAUGACUGAGCGCUUCUCUUCUUUUCUUUAUGUGAUGAGUAAGCAUGGUUCUUUUUAUCUGUGAUGACAAAUAAACAUCCACUUUAACAUUAAUGAUGUGGUAUUUUCUUAGUUGCCCUGUGUCAAAACAGCCCUGAAACUUUAAAGAUCCG